AUGAAUUUUUCUUCUAUGUCUAAUGCCUUCAGUAUGGAGAACAUCAAGCAGUCUUACUCCACAUUACAGAACAAGUUCUCCACAGUAAGACCUGCUCAGGAGUUCUUUGAUGUCAGAAGAUUGUCAAAACCGGCAGAUUUUAACGAGGUUCAGCAAAGAGUCUCGUACAACGUGUCCUAUUUUCAGGCUAAUUAUAUUUCAGUUGUUCUGUUACUCUCUGUUUACGCCUUGAUAACCAACGGGUUACUUUUGUUUGUUCUUUUAUUCUCCGGUUUAGGUGUCUAUGGUAUUUCUAAAUUGCAUGGAGAGGACCUUAAGCUUCCUAUCGGUAGUCUGACCACUUCUCAGCUCUACACAGGGUUGCUUAUUAUCGCACUACCUUUAGGAUUUCUCGCAUCUCCAAUUAGUACCAUGAUGUGGCUAAUUGGUUCUUCUGCCGUGGCAGUUGUGUCACAUGCUGCAUUAAUGGAGAAGCCAAUCGAGACAGUCUUCGAGGAACAGGUUUAG